AUGACAGAGAAGCAUGAUGUUUCUAUUAUUUCUAUUGUAGGAGAAGGCGGGAUCGGCAAGACUACUUUUGCAAAAAUGGUCUUUAGUGAAGUCAAACAACAGUUCAAGGAACGCAGGUGGUGGGUUUGCGUUUCUGAGAGGCCAAACCAUAAGGAUUUAUUGAGGAAAAUCCUGAAGGAAGUGUGCAAGGGAUCUACUGCAGGUCUUGAGAGUAUGAUUUCUUUGAGUGACUUGUGCAAACAAAUACAGAGUGAGCUCUGGAAGAAAAGAUUUUUGUUGGUCUUAGAUGAUGUAUGGGAACUAGAUUGGUGGCAGGGAGGGGUAGAGAGCACUCUUAUGGGAGGUGCAAUGGGGAGCAAAAUUUUGAUCACUAGUCGAAAUAUAGAUGUCUCCAAAGGGGUUGGAGCUUUAUAUAUGCAUAGAUUGCCAUUAUUGCCAAAAGAUGAGAGUUGGAAUUUAUUUUUGAAGAAGGCAUUGAGGACCAAAAAUGAAUUGGUGAAACAAAAGUUGCAAGAUAUUGCAAAAAAAAUAGUGAAGAAGUGCGGUGGGUUGCCACUUGAGGUCCAAACAGUUGGGUCCUUAAUGCGAACAAAAAGCAUGGAAAAAGCAGAGUGGAAGGUGGUUGCGGAUAGUGAGAUCUGGGAUUGGAAGAUGCCUGCCUCAUCCUCUUCCUCUCAAUAUGAUAGCAUUCUUCCUGGCCUCAUACUGAGCUAUGAUAACUUGCCGCCUUAUUUAAGCAGUUGUUUCAUUUAUUGCUGCAUUUUUCCAAAGGAUCAUGAGAUCAAAAGGAAGCGAUUGAUCAUGCAAUGGGUGGCACAUGGAUUGAUUGAAGAAAAGGAAGACAUAGAUGUGGAAGUGACAGCAAAGCAAUACAUUGAAGAUUUGAUAAGGUGUUCCUUGAUUGAAGAAACCGAUGAUAGAACUUAUGGGGGCUCUUGUCUCAAAUUGCAUGACGUUUUGCAUGACCUUGCCUCGUAUAUAGGUGGAAAAGAAUAUAGGCAUGCCUCUGCUACUGAAAAAACACGCCAUCUGUCAUUACUUGGUGUAGACGAUGCAGAAGCAGUCAUGCAAUGUAAUGCUUCAGGAGCAGCAAAUAAGGUGUGGAUAUUAUUGAGUACAUCCUUGUCUUCAGUGGAAUUCACCAAUUUCAAGCGGUUGAGGGUAUUGUCAUUGAGGAGAUAUCGAAUGGAUGAGCUACCAAACUCCAGUGAAUGCCUUUCACUUCUAAAAUAUCUUGAUUUAAGCUGUCAUGGUCAAAUUAAAGAGUUGCCCGAGGAAAUGGGCAAACUGUGCAACUUGGGGUAUCUUGGGUUGGAAGAAACCUUGUUUUUGGAAUUUAUGGCAGAAGGCUUGGGGAAGCUUACCAAUUUACGGACCUUGCAUAAGUUUUUGACUCUUGCUAAUAUGCCGGCCUUGGAGUUGUUGAGGGUAAGAUAUUGUGGCAGCAUAGAGCAAGUAGCAGAGAUGCCUACACUCAGGUCACUGAAGGUGGUCAGAUGUAAAAUGCUGAAGGCUCUUGCUCGCUUGCCCAACCUCAUUCUCUUGAGAUUGGAUGGGACGGCUUUGGAAUUUAACGUUUCCACCCUCCCUCAAGAUUCUGACAUUGAAGGACAACAAUACUGUAGAUCUCAAUUGGGCAAAGGCGCCUGA